GCCGGAGGUGGAGGGCGAGGAGGGGCAGCGGCCGGUGCUGAAGCUGGUGCUGAGGCCGCGGGAGGUUAUCUCGGUGACCCGCGGGUCGUCCUUCGUGACCUUGUACCCCGAGGACACCUUCCGCUUCACCUCGGGGGUGGACCGGCACAAGGAGGCGCCGGUGAUCGGCAAGCAGUGGUUCAGCUGGUGCAUGUGGGAGGACAUGCACUACAGGUACUCCCUGGGCGACGCGCGCCCCUUCCUGUCCUCCCCGCAGCAGGCCAUCGGCAUGCGUGAGGCGGGGUGGCUGCAGGCAGGGGUGGACGGGGUGGUGAUGGUGGCGCACGGGGAGAGGUGGUACGACACGGACCUCGUACGGCACGAGGACGAGCCGGCGCGGCGGCAGAUGCAGGACCUCAUUGGCCACCUGGCCCUGCUCGCCCGCUCCGGCCACUCGGGCCUGCCCGCCGGCCACAUCGUUUGCUACGACGCGGACCCCGAGCUGUUCGCCGCCUUCCUGGCGCGCGUGCUGGAGAGCUGCGGGCCUGAGGACUGGGUGCCGCUGCGGGACAUCAUGGGCCCCUCCCGGCCAGUAGACUACGAGGCCCUGAUGGACUCGGUGCUCGGGUCGCCGGACGAGUUCGAGGAAGACGAGGGGACGGAGGGAGAGGAAGGAGAGGAAGGCGAGGGAGCGGCUGCGGCUUACGGUGGUGGCGAGGGCGAGGAGGAGGACGAGGAGUAUGAGGGAGCGCAGGAAGGGGACGGAGAAGACGAGGUGGAGGAGGGAGAGUAUGAG